UAUAAAACGGAAAAUGAAAUGUUUAAAAUUUUUAAUUGAGUUUUAAUAAACUAUAGUCAAAGGAUAUAAAGAGAAGGAGGAGGGGGUAUACAUCAUUAUAGAUAAAAGGAGACAAGUCGGUUGAUAGGAUCAGUAGUAAUCUUGCUGCUUGGUUGAGUGACAGGCAAUAACAAUGUUUGUUUGACAGCUUUGAUUGUACUUGUUUGUUUCUUUUCUUUUGUCUGUUGAUUGACUGUGAGUUUUUGAUAGGAUUCACGUAGAUAGAUAGGAUCAAUAUCAGCUUGAAUAAAAGUCAUGUUACUAAAUAUAAAGAAAAGAGGAAGAAAUAGGAAUAAAAAAAGAGGUGCUUUUAUAGUAAGAAAUAAACCAAUCAAAUGCUAUCCAAUCAGCUUCCUCACGUGGCAAAUCCUUUACUCACUAUGUUUCAACAGCAAAAAAAUGGGCCUAAAAAGUUCAACUUUGGACUACUCAAAAAGACAGAAGGAGAGAAAAGAAAAGCAACAGAUAAUGUGUCAACCAAUAAGAGACAAAGACCUGCUUUUGUUGAUGACGAUGAAGACGAGUUGUUAGCCAGUGCUGGUAUAGACAUCAAGCAAGACACAAAAGACGAAGAAGACGAUCCUCUUGAUGCAUUUAUGGCAGAUAUGAGUGAACAAGCAAAGAACACGAAAUCAGAACCCAAGAUUCGAAGAGACGAUAUUGAAGAUGAAGAUGACUUGGAGAGUUAUGUUCGUCACAUGAAAGAAAAGGGCGUUACUUUAGGCAACUCGAAUCAACCUAUGCCUGUCUAUGACGAAAAUGCCAACUCUGAUGAUGAAGUCUAUGCAACAGCAGCAGCCAUUGAUGCUCGCCUUGAGAACAGCCAUGAAGACCCACUUGAACCUGUCAAGAAAGAAAUCGAGCCCUUGCCUCGUGUUGAUCAUGACAGCAUAGACUAUCUUGAAAUCGAAAAGGACUUUUAUCAAGAACACCCUGAUAUUGCAGCAUUGGAUGACAUGCGUGUUCAAGCCAUCCGCCAAGAAUUAGGCUUGCAUGUCACAGGUCAUCAAGUACCUAAGCCCUGUGUUUCUUUUGGGCACUUUGGAUUUGAUGAGGAUCUGUUGAAUGCAGUUGUGAAGGCAGGGUAUACAGAACCCUCUGCUAUUCAAAAACAGGCCAUUCCUGUGGCUAUGUGUGGUCGAGAUAUCAUUGGUAUUGCCAAGACAGGAUCUGGCAAGACAGCUGCCUUUGUGUUGCCCAUGUUGAUUCAUAUCAUGGAUCAACAAGAACUUGUUAAAGGUGAUGGUCCUAUUGGGUUAAUAUUAGCACCUACUCGCGAAUUGGCUGUGCAGAUCUAUCAAGAGACACGAAAGUUUGCCAAGGCUUAUGGACUCAAAGUGGCUGCUGUCUAUGGUGGUGCGUCUAAACUAGAACAAUUCAAGGAUUUACGCAGUGGCACUGUAGAAAUCCUUGUGGCUACACCAGGCCGAUUGAUUGAUAUGAUCAAGAUGAAAGCAACCAAUUUAAGACGUGUAAGCUAUCUUGUAUUGGAUGAAGCAGAUCGCAUGUUUGACCUUGGUUUUGAACCUCAAGUGAGAUCUGUGUGUGAUAAUAUUAGACCUGAUAGGCAGACUCUUUUGUUUAGUGCUACAUUUCAAAAGCGUAUUGAAGCUUUGGCUCGUAGUGUCACAACAGAUCCAAUUAGAAUUAAUGUAGGCACAACAGGUCAAGCCAAUGAAGAUAUUACACAAAUAGUACAAGUAUUUGAAGAAGACACGAUGAAAUGGGACUGGCUUAUCUAUCAUUUAGCUGGCUUCUGUGUGGGUGGAAGUGUAAUUAUCUUUGUUGGUAGAAAAGAUGCUGUGGAUACGCUUUCUCACAACUUAAAUCAAGCUCAUUUUGAAUGUGUGGCAUUGCAUGGUGACCUACAGCAGUUUGAAAGAGAAAAAGUACUUGGAGAUUUCAAAUCCAAUAAGGUCAAGAUCUUAGUUUCGACUGAUGUAGCUGCCCGAGGUUUAGAUAUUAAGACAGUCAAGACAGUCAUUAAUUACGAUAUCGCUCGAGACAUUGAUUCACAUACGCACCGUGUAGGCAGAACAGGAAGAGCUGGUGAAAAGGGUACAGCCUAUACAUUGAUCACACAAAAAGAAGACAGAUUUGCAGGAGAACUUGUUCGACAUUUAGAGACUUCAGGACAAAUCGUACCACCUGAAUUGAUGUCUUUGGCCAUGAAGAAUCCAAGGUUUAGAGACGCACGUAAUUCAAGAGGCAGAAGAGGAGGAAGAGGUCGAGGUCGAGGUCGAGGUCGACAUCAUCCUAAAACGAAUGCUAAUUUUGAGCCUAUUCAAUUCCAAAGAUCAAGUACAGGCGGACUAAGCACAACACCCAAUGCAGCCAAACCAAGUCGAUGGCAAUAAAAGCCUUGCUUUUCACUUUUUGAAUUUUAGUUUUUAUCUAUUAGAGAGUAUUUGGACUGGUC